CACACGGAAUGCGCCGGUCGAUCGUUACGUCUCUACCAAAUAUUACUACAACCAUCUAUCGAAAUAUUCAAGAUUGGAAUAAAAAAUAAUAAUUUAAAAAUGUAAUAUUAUAACCUGAAAGUAAACAUUGUAUCACGAAUUGUCUACACAUUUUCGAGCCUUCGCGUUUUGUAGAUGGUCCACAAUUUUGUAGCGCAACAAUGUGUCAAUAAACAGUAGCCGCAGCAGGAUGUGCACGAAACGGAACGCGAAUCAAUUAUGAAGACAAAGCGAACUUUCGCACGCAUAAGAGGGCAUCGCGUGACUGCAUGCGUUAGCAUUUAGCUCGAGUGCCCUGUAAUAUGCCGGCACUCUGGCAGUCAUCCCAGGGGCCUAUGUACGUGAGGACGAUCUGGGUGGAUGGCUUCCGGCACGCCAUACUCUCACAUGACGAUCCAUACUUAAUAAAACUUAACGCGAAGAAGCGACGUCCGCAUUCUUCUGCUAGUACAACGAACACGAAAUUUACUACGCGGUCAAGGAAUUCCAGGCUGAACAGUCACGACGACAGUUUGGAAGACUGCUUGAGAAAAUUGGACUUUGUGAUAAGGAGCGAUAGGUCUCAUAUUGCGAUUCGACCGCAAAGAAAAAACUUAUACGACCUCGACAUAGAACACUUGAAUCUAACGGAUAUAGAACCAGAGUCUGAAGACGAGUUUAUUAUAAAGGCGACUCCGCAGCCUCUGAACGAAUUUGACAGCUACAGAUCCAAUACUAGCUUUAAUUUGACCAUGAAGAAUUUGAGACUCAACAGAACGGCCAGGACGGAGGUUAAGGAGAAUACUGAGCUGUCUGACAGGGUGUUUCAGUGGUUAGACUUGGCCGGAAAAGUGAAUUUGCUUGGCUCUGAAGACGCAGAAAGAAUAGCCCAGCCGAGACACAGUUGGCCCGAGAUCCAGAGGAGGAAUUACAAUUUGAUGAAGUCUAAAACUGCCGUAGACGUUAGAGGCAAAAUCCCUUUGACGAAAGCGUGCGACAGUGAGAAAUCACACAGUGGUAUUAUCGAUCGGCACGAUUUUUAUGUGCCGACGUCGGCGAAUACAAUUGAGAACUACGCGCGGCAGUCACGGAACAUGAAGUGCACGUCACGAAACGAGAGCAAUGCGAAAAUAAAAGAGACCACCAACAAAACAAAGUCCAGAGAGUUGAGAAACAACAUGGCGGAGACACGGCACAAAGUUGCUACGGAACGUAGCGCGGUAGAAAAGCAAUACGCUGAUUUAGUUAGUAAGAAAUUGAUACCGGACAUUAAUAAGAGCACUAAAAAGCAAGUGCACAUAUUCAUACCAGAGGUAGCCAAGAAAUUAAAUGCAAACAUAACGAGUAGAACUGAGAGUCUUUUGUCACAAAAAUCUUCAAUUGUAAAAUAAAGAAUUCUGAAAGGA